AUGGCAGUUUGGGACUUAUUCGGUUGGUUUAGAGACAUACUUUCGUCGCUAGGUCUCUGGAACAAACAUGGCAAGUUGUUGUUCUUGGGUUUGGACAAUGCGGGCAAGACCACGCUUUUGCACAUGCUAAAGAACGACCGGUUGGCGACACUGCAGCCAACAUGGCACCCCACUUCGGAGGAGCUUGCAAUCGGCAGCAUCAAGUUCACGACCUUCGACCUGGGGGGACAUAUCCAGGCGCGGCGGUUGUGGAAGGAUUACUUCCCGGAAGUGAACGGGAUUGUGUUCCUGGUGGACGCGGCCGACUCCGAGCGGUUCAACGAGGCACGUGUUGAGCUGGACGCGCUUUUCCAGAUUCCGGAAUUGAAGACGGUUCCGUUUGUCAUUCUGGGCAACAAGAUUGACGCGCCCAGCGCGGUGUCCGAGACAGAGCUGCGCGCUGCGCUUGGCCUACUGAACACGACCGGCGAUGCACGCAUUGAAGGACAGAGACCUGUGGAGCUAUUCAUGUGCUCGGUGGUCAUGAAGUCCGGAUACCUGGAGGCGUUCCAGUGGCUGUCACAGUACAUCUAA